CUGCACCCAAAACUCUUGCUCGAAAACCUGCUUCGCCCUCUUUCUCCCAAUAUUCCUUCGUCUCCCUAGCAGCUCCACUCUAGUCGCCGGCGAUUCGAGCAUGAGCAUAUCCGGCCAGCCUCCAGAUCCCCAUUACAUAAAUAACGUCAAGCUGAAUGCAAAUAGGAAAGGAAGCAGCAGCAGGCCUUCAGCUGAAGUUGACCUUCCGGAGGCUGAGAUUGGAAAGGUGGUAUUGCGGUUCGCUCCAGAGCCCAGUGGCUUUCUUCACAUUGGUCACUCUAAAGCUGCUCUCUUGAACCAGUAUUUUUCCCAGAGGUACAGAGGUCAACUCAUUGUACGGUUGGAUGAUACUAAUCCUUCCAAAGAAAGCAGUGAGUUUGUGGACAAUCUCUUGAAAGAUAUAGAGACUCUUGGUAUCAAAUAUGAGGAUAUCACACAUACUUCAGACUACUUUCCCAAGUUGAUGGAGAUGGCUGAGAAGUUGAUCAGAGAAGGGAAAGCUUAUGUUGAUGACACGCCAAGAGAACAAAUGCAAAAGGAAAGGGGAGAAGGCAUCGAAUCGAAAUGCCGUAGCCACAGUGUGGAAGAGAAUAUGAAACUGUGGAAGGAAAUGAUUGAUGCAUCCGAACGUGGGCAACAGUGCUGCCUCCGUGGGAAAUUGGACAUGCAAGAUCCAAACAAAUCUCUGCGUGAUCCAGUUUACUAUCGUUGCAAUCCUGUUCCUCACCAUAGAGUUGGGGACAAAUAUAAGUUGUAUCCAACAUAUGAUUUUGCUUGUCCGUUUGUUGAUGCUGAAGAAGGCAUAACUCAUGCACUCAGGUCAAGCGAGUACCAUGAUAGGAAUGCUCAAUAUAACAGGAUUCAACAGGAUAUGGGGUUAAGGAAGGUUCACAUUUUUGAGUUUAGCCGAUUGAACAUGGUAUAUACGUUGUUGAGCAAACGUAAUCUUCGUUGGUUUGUUGAGAAUGGAAAAGUUGAUGGCUGGGAUGAUCCUAGGUUUCCAACUGUUCAAGGUAUUGUUCGCAGGGGACUCAGAAUUGAGGCAUUAGUGCAAUUCAUUCUCGAACAGGGGGCUUCCAAAAAUCUCAACCUCAUGGAGUGGGACAAACUUUGGACGAUCAACAAGAAGAUAGUUGAUCCAGUGUGCUCGAGGCACACUGCUGUUAUUGAAGAAAAGUGUGUGUUGUUCACACUGCAUGAUGUUCCUGAUGCAGCAUUUGUUCGCAUCAUACCUAGACACAAGAAAUAUGAGGGUGCUGGAGAAAAGGCCACAACAUACACAAAGAGCAUAUUGAUUGACCAAGCUGAUGCUCAGUCUAUCUCAGUAAAUGAAGAAGUUACCUUGAUGGACUGGGGGAACGCGAUUGUGCAGGAAAUUGUGAAGAAUGAAGAUGGAACAAUCAAAGCGUUGUUUGGUGUUUUACAUUUGGAAGGCUCUGUAAAGACCACAAAGUUGAAGCUAACCUGGCUGCCUAAGAUAAACGAGUUGGUGAAGGUGUCGAUGGUGGAGUAUGACCAUCUGAUCACUAAGAAGAAGCUGGAAGAAGAUGAGAGUUUCAUGGAUGUUCUCAACCCGUGUUCGAAGAAGGAGAUUGCUGCUCUCGGUGAUUCAAACAUACGUAAUUUGAAGCAUGGUGAGAUACUGCAGUUGGAGAGGAAAGGUUACUUCAGAUGCGAUGCUCCUUUUGUCAGACCAUCAAAACCCGUAGUUCUCAUUGGAAUCCCGGAUGGACGUGGUCGCUAAAGACAUGCACUGGUAAAGUAGACCGGAUGCAAAUGAAUAUAUCUUUUAGGUGACAAUACGUCUAUUACGUUAGAAGAGAA